GAUGGACAUGCCUCUUGCUGGGAUUGAAGCCAUGAUUGAGGAUACCGUAUAUAGCUUCUUGCUUGAGUGGGCAUGCAUGCAAUACCCAGAAUGGCACAAGCUAUGGAGCUCUCGUUUACUUCCGCUGGUACGCUUCAGUCAUAUGACUUGGAGCAAACUCCACGAAAUCCUGACAUGCAGUGAUGAUGGUGUGCACAGUGAGCAAACAAAGAAGCUUAUUACUGAUGUACUCCUGCACAAAGCUUACCCAGCACAUGAGCAAGGCACUAUUGAGGCAGACACAACAACCCGUUGCCAAGUUCCACAGCGAGCUUACAGGCUUAAACCAAUCAAAGUGGUUGAAUUCGACCGGCCCUGCCCACAGGUCAUUGUUUACUUGGAUCUAACACAUGAGGAAUAGUCCCGACUCUUCCCAACCGGAAACAUUUGGCACACUUGUUCCAUCUUGCUGGACAAAGAUCUAUUUCUCAUAACAAACUAUCAAAUGGAUACAGCUUUGGCCUCUUUAUAGAAACAAUUGAGAUGCCAAAGGGCCCAACAUGUUUGACAGUAGACUUUGAGUUAGCUGCAAGGACAAGAUCGUCAGGGAAAUUCGUGCUCAGGUUCAAGGACAAGCAUACAGGCGAUGAUUGGAUGCUGGGAUGUGGUGAUCUUUUGAGGUUCCAUGGUCGACGUUCAUUGCCAACAAUAACCUCUUCAUCGAUGGUGUGCUGCAUCUGAGAGCUGACUUGAAGGUGGCGCAGCCGGGAUUACAGACUUGAUGAUCUCUUGCUCAGCAAAGUUAGGUUGAUAGCUGUGGAAGGUGAAAGUUGCAUUUUUGAAAUAGAAACAAAAAUUAAUCAAGUUGUCUCUUCGAGAGGGAAACAACUUUAUUAAUCAACAAAAUCCAAAAAAAGACUUUAUUCGUUAACAAACAAUCAGGCUUUGAAGCAUCCCAGAAGGAGUGCAUUGUGAUUUUUAUUAGGUCCAUGUGGUCUUUUGCAUUAUAAACCAGAACGCUUGCCCGUAAUUUUGCACUUCCUAUUUCCAAGGGUCCUGUUUGGAAAGUCUGGAACCGCUGACCUCGCCUUCCUGAAGAAGCUUUGGCGGCUAGGUUACGCCCGCCGCCGCCCCGCGUUUCGUCCCUCUCUCAGAGGAAAUGGACACCGUUGAAGAUUCAGCAACGGCGGCGGGUGCGGCAGCGGAGAUGGGGCUGGACUACUCGCAAGGCGGCGUGCUGCCCAGCUUUGACUUCGCGUUCGAUUCGGCCAACUUCUCCGAUCAGAAGCUGCGUAUAGAGAUCGUCGCCCGUGACCACGCGCCGGGUUCCGGCGGACACGUCGGCGGAGGAUCCACUGCCGACCAGGCGCGCCGCCGCAAGGAGAAAGGUGAUUACUCUUCCUCGAUGAUGGUGGGUACACCAGUUUUACGAGAAAAAACCAUUCAUAUCAAUUCAGCAAUUCUUGCUUCAAGAAGUCCUUUCUUUCUGAAGCUUUUCUCAAAUGGCAUGAAAGAAUCUGAUCAGACGCACCCAACAAUUAAGUCCUUUCUUUCUAAAGGACUUCUUGCUUCAAGAAGUCCUUUCUUUCUAAAGCUUUUCUCAAAUGGCAUGAAAGAAUCUGAUCAGACGCACCCAACAAUUAGGAUUGCUGAUUCAGAGGAAAAUGCCCUUAUGGAGCUUUUAAGAUAUAUGUACAGCGGAAAGUUGACAACAACGGAGCCCAGUCUAUUGCUCGACAUCUUGAUGGCUGCAGACAAAUUUGAGGUUCUCUCUUGCAUGGGGCAUUGCAGUCAGCUGCUCACAAGCUUGCCUAUGACCACAGAAUCUGCACUGCUUUACCUAGACCACCCUUGCUCGACUUCAUUAUCGGCUGAGGUCGAGGGUGUGAUCAGCGCAGCCAAGGAAUUCCUUGCCAACAAAUACAAUGAUUUUGCUAAGUUCCAGCAUGAACUGAUGAACUUCCCUCUUGCUGGGAUUGAAGCCAUCUUGUCAAGUACUGACCUACAAGUAAUACGGGAAGAUUGCAUAUAUGCCUUUAUGCUCACAUGGGCCCGUGAACGAUACCCAGAAUUGGAGGAAAGACGCGAGAUCUUGAGUUCUCGUUUACUGCCACUGGUACGCUUCAGUCAUAUGACAUGUACAAAACUUCAGGGGAUCCUAGCAUGCAGUGAUGAUGAUAUAGACCAUGAGAAAGUAACUAAACGUAUUGCCGAGGUACUUCUACAAAAAGCUUACCCAAAACAGAUGGAAGGUGCUCUUGCAGCAGACGCAACAACCUGUUGGCAAUUUACUGAGCGAGAGUACAAGUACAAACCUGUGAAAUUGGUUGCUUUUGAUCGACCCUGCCCACAGGUUAUUGCUUACCUGGAUCUAACACGCGAGGACUGCUCCCGACUCUUCCGGUCUGGACAUGCAUGGUCACACGACUUCCGGCUUGCAGGGUGGAAGGGGAGCAUUUAUCUCAGCCCAGUCUGUACAAUGAAUGAGCAGAGUAAGUUGUCCACCUUUGGUCUCCAGUUAAUUGGAUUCGGUUCCACAGAUUUGACACUAGAUAUUGAGUUUGCUGCAAGGACAAGAUCGUCCGGAAAAUUUGUGAGCAAGUACAGUUGUAAGCACACCUUCACCAGUGCUUGGUUGAAAAAAUGCGAUGAUCUUUUUGGCGUUCCAUGGUCGACAUUCAUUGCCGAUGACAACCUCUUCAUCGACGGUGUGCUGCAUCUGAGAGCUGAUUUGGUGGCGGUCCAGCAGACGGAUCAGUUACAGGCCUGAUGAUGUCUCACUCACUUGGCAGAGUUAUUAAGUCGUUUGUUCGUCAUCAGCCGCUUCAAUGGGAUUCUGGCUGUAAUCUGAGUCUAGUUUCGUUAUUUUUGUUUAUGCUGCUGGAAACACUUUGGCGCCUGAAGAUGAAGCAUCUAAGGAAUUGGUGGAGGCUCGUGGCUUCUUAGAAUGAAAUUUUGGAAACCGGGGCGGUAGACCCUUUGAUCACCCUUUACUUGUUUUCAAGAUUAAUCGUAGUCGUCAAGUUUUUGUUAAGCAAAUACCGUCUUGUUUCAUGCCGUAACCUGAAUGGUAGGGCGAUUCCUUAUUACAUGUGUUCCCCCAAAGUUGCGGGCAUUACUGGGUGUCUGAACAUGUUGUGUUC